UUAAGGGUUUUGGAAAUAAAUAAAUAAAGUAGAGAAAUUCCUAGCUAGGUAACUUGGUGAAGCUUGGGUUCUCUGUUGAUUGUAUUGAUUCGAUAUGUGUUUCAAAUUGGUUGCCCUGGAUUGCAUCCCAAUCUCCUCGGAUGCAGUCAGCAAACUGCUCAGACACAGACACUUGCGAAAGGCAAUGCAAUAUGAAGCGCUUGAGCUUUAGCAACAUAAAUAUUGCUUUACAAGCGAAGUGGCUUUGUCAACAAUCCAAAUCUGACGCGGUAAAGAUAGGCACAAGUAACAUCCAUUCGGAGCAAGAGUUGCUGUGUAGAAGGAAACAGUAUUCAUGAGGCCUUUGAACUGCUGGAUGAGAUGAUGGGCAGAGGCCUCUGCCCCAGUGUCUCCACUUACAAUUUAGUUAUGAAAGGUUUGUGCAAUACGGGUUCUAUUGAUGAGGCCUAUGCGCUCCUCGCUAAUAUGCUGGAGUUGGGUUGUGUCCCCAAUUCAGAAACAUAUUACAUCCUCGUUAAAUCUUUGUGUACAGCCAAGAGUUUUGUAGAGGCUUGUGACCUUGUUUCGGAUAUGGUGGACAAGAAAUAUAAUCUUGAUAGAUGCAUUAGUGAGGUACUGAUUAAGUGCCUGUAUCAGGAAGGUCAGAGGGAGAGGGCUAAACAACUGUUUGGGAAAAUUGUUGGGGUUGAUAGUAUUUUAAGCCCUUCGUUUGUAAUGCAGCUUGUAAAGUGUUUUGUUAGAGAGGGUUUUGUUGACGAGGGUAUUGAGUUCAUAGAAGACAUGAUCUCUUUUGGUUGGUUGCCUGAUGAACAAGUCUACCGCGAGGUGCUUGUGGGUGUGGGUGUUAUGGGAAGGGUGGAUCAAGCCAAGAACAUCAUCAACCAGAUGACACUUGUCUUGAGAUGCUCUCCGUGCAUUGUGACUUACAAUGUUCUGGUUAACUCAGUAUGUAAAGCUGGGUAUGUUGAUGAGGCUUGUGAUCUUAUGUGGUUUAUGCGAAAGCAGGGCUGUCCUCCUAAUGCAGUGACUUAUGGUUCUGUGAUUGAUGGGUUUUCGGAGAAAGGUCUUGUAGAUUCUGCAAAAUGCAUAUUGAGUGAAAUGCUGGUAAAUGGUUGCCAUCCAAAUGUUGUCAUAUAUACUUCAUUAAUAAAGGGUUAUUGCAAAGCAGGAAUGUUGGUCGAGUCUAUGUCUCUGGUGAAGAAAAUGGAAGAUCAGGAUUGUUCUCCAAACCUAUACACUUACAAUACCUUACUCAGUGGUCUUUGUCGAGCUGGGAAAAUAAUUGAAGUGGAUCAACUUCUGGAUGAGAUACUGGAGAAAGGUUUUAUACCCGACAUUUUUACAUAUGAUGCACUUGUUGAUGGCCUGCAGACAGGUUGUCACGGGCAUGAAAUCAGGCAUCGUUUUGACAGAAUAGAACAUAAGUGUCUGAAUCAAGAGUUCAAAAAUGACAGAUUACUUCUCGAGGCUCUUGCACUGCGAAGAACAUGAUAUAUUGUGAUGUAUAUGAAUAAGGAAGUGCUUAUUUUUUGCUAAUUCUUAUUUGCAGAGAUUUUUCUCUACACUCAAAAAUGAGUAGUGCCUUAAGAUCAGGAAGCUAACAUUCUAAGCUCCUUGAGGUCAUGGUAUAUACAUGCAUGUAGAUCACUCUGCAGCAGUAGCCACAAAGAUAUUAACUGUGGGAAAUGUAUCGAGGACUCUUCAUAAUAUUGAUUUGUGAGUCUCUGGGAUCUUUAUGUGCACAGGACUAUACAUGGUAAGCAUCAUCAUAUUCCAGAACUCUGUGAUGGCUAAUCAUGAUAGUUAUGUGUGCCUAUAUGUCAUGUCUGUAUUGGAGACAGGUGAUUUAUCCUAGAAUAAGCAAUGAUUGGGUUAGAUUUGCUAAAACCUUUGUAUAUUGUACUUCAUUUUGGGUCCAUUUUGGAUAUCCAUGGUUCUGAUCGUUGAUUUUAAGCAAUCAGGUUAUAACAGACUGUAGAUAAACAGUAACUGCAAUGAAAACACAAGACAAAACACACCAAUACCCUGGGAAAACCUCCCUCUUGGAGGUGAAAAACUCAGCCUCAAAAUUCAAUAUGUAUUAUCUCAAAUGUAGGCAAUUACAAGGCAAUGAACUUAUCUCAGAUUGCUGUCCAAUCAGCAAGGUAGCAGAUCAGAAUCUUUCUUUACACAACAAUGAAGAUUGCAGCCCUUAUCAACAGCAGAUAGCUAAAAGAAGAUCAACAAUGAAUUCUCAUACAAUGUAGACCAAUUCGCAUGUUCCAGCCUUCGCAUGAGAGUCCUUUCAGAUUCGCAUGGAUAUCCUUAUAAUUCGCUCAAGGAAGACUUUGACCAGAUUCGCACAAGAAGAGUCUUCAUCAAAUUCGCACAAUGAACUUGACAAAAUUCGCACAGGAUAGAGGAGUUCGCUGAGCAGAUUGAGUUCGUAUGAAAGAUGAUUAUUAAUGACUUCAUUUGAUGUUUGUUUUAUAUCCAUCCUUUGGUGCCAAUCACCCAAGUCGGCUUGCAUAUGAUAUUAAUUUACUUUUGUCUUACAUUGCCAUUUUAUAAAUUACAUCAUUUCCUUUUGCCUUU